AUGGGGACUCUCAUGGCCAAACUUCUCCUGCCCACCCUCAGCAGCCUGGCGUUCCUCCCCACGGUCAGCAUUGCUGCCAAAAGGCAGUUCCACAUGGAGGCCAUGGUCUACCUCUUCACCAUGUUCUUCGUGGCGCUCUACCACGCCUGCAAUGGGCCCGGCCUGUCGGUUCUCUGUUUCCUGCGCCACGACAUCCUGGAGUACUUCAGCGUCUACGGGACGGCCCUGAGCAUGUGGGUGUCACUGAUGGCACUGGCCGACUUCGAUGAGCCCAAGCGGUCGACUUUAGUGAUGUUUGGCGUCCUGACCAUCGCUGUGCGGAUCUACCAUGACCGCUGGGGCUACGGGGUGUACUCGGGCCCCAUCGGCACAGCCGUCCUCAUCAUCGCGGCCAAGUGGCUGCAGCAGAUGAAGGAGACGAGGCGCCUGUAUCCUGACAAGAGCGUGUACACCCAGCAGAUAGGCCCCGGCCUCUGCUUCGGGGCGCUGGCCCUCAUGCUGCGCUUCUUCUUUGAGGACUGGGAUUACACCUACGUCCACAGCUUCUACCACUGUGCCCUGGCCAUGGCCUUCGUCCUGCUGCUGCCCAAGGUCAACAAGAAGGCUGGAAGCGCGGGGCCCCCCGCCAAGCUGGACUGCUCCACCCUUUGCUGUGCUUGUAUCUAACUGUGCAGCCCCGGCCCCAAGCCCCUGCCCUGCCCCAUCCCAGGCCUGGCGAG